AUGGCUUUGAUCAACCUCCUUAUUUCGCCUUGGGCGCCUGUCGCCCUCGUAGUCUUAUUCGUUGGUUGGUAUCUUGUUCCCUACUUUGGGGCGAAUCGAGGCCUUCGAGGAAUUCCUGCUCCGUUCCCCGCACAGUUCAGCAACCUCUGGUUAAUGUCAACAUGCCGACGUGGUAAAAGAUUCGAGGUCGUCGAUCAGGUUCACAAGCGACUGGGCACUGUCGUUCGCAUUGCCCCCAACCAUGUCAGCAUUGCGGAUGCGGAUGCUAUCAAUGUCAUCUAUGGUCACGGAAAUGGUUUCCUCAAGGACUUUUAUGACCCAUUCGUCUCCAUCCGUCGUGGCCUUUUCAACACACGAAGCAGGGCCGAGCACUCUCGAAAGAGAAAGAUUGUGUCUCACACCUUUGCCCCAAAGUCUGUCCUGGAGUUUGAGCCCUACAUCCACCAGAACCUCGACCUCUUUGUCAAGCAGUGGGACCGUGCCUCCAGCAACCCCGAAGCUGAUGGCGCUGGACGACUGGAUUGUCUCUCCUGGUUCAACUAUCUCGCUUUCGAUGUCAUUGCUGAUCUCGCCUUUGGCAAGCCGUUCGGCAUGCUCGCCACUGGAGCCGAUAUUGCUGAAGUCAAGGCAAGCCCAACAAGCCCUGCAAUCUACGCUCCCGCUGUGGAAAUCAUGAACCGCCGAGGAGAAGUCUCUGCCACCCUAGGUUGCAUGCCCUGGCUCAAGCCGUACGCCAAAUGGCUCCCCGAUCCAUUCUUCAGCCAGGGACUCCAGGCCGUCGAGAAUCUUGCUGGUAUCGCGAUUGCCCGUGUUAGCGAGAGACUCGAGCGAGGAGCGGACACGACCCGAAAGGACCUGCUGGCACGACUGAUGCAAGGCCGAGAUGAGAAGGGAGAGCCCCUUGGACGCGACGAACUCACGGCCGAAGCACUGACUCAACUUAUUGCCGGAAGCGAUACCACGUCUAACUCUUCUUGCGCCCUGCUCUAUCAUGUUGUAAAGACACCUGGAGUCCUGCAGAAGCUGCAACAGGAGAUCGACGAGGCCACCGCUGAUGAAGGAGUUAUCCCGAGCUACGAGUCUGUCAAGCACCUGCCUUAUCUCGGCAUGUGUAUCAACGAGACGCUGCGACAUCACUCACCAUCUGGAAUUGGUCUGCCUCGAGAGAUUCCCGCCAAGUCUAAGGGUGUUACCCUCCACGGUCGCUACUUUGGCCCAGGAACAGUUCUCAGUGUCCCUACCUACACUGUUCACCACUCAACAGAAAUCUGGGGGCCCGACGCAGAGGAGUUCAAGCCUGAGAGAUGGGAGAACAUCACCGAUAAGCAGAAGAUUGCCUUUAUCCCCUUCAGCCAUGGUCCCCGUUCUUGCGUGGGAAGGAACUUGGCUGAGAUGCAGAUGAGGUUGAUUGCUGCCACGUGGAUCAAGAGAUACAACAUCUUCCUGCGACAAGAAAAGAUGGAGACACGAGAGGGUUUCUUGCGGAAGCCUCUGGGAGUUGAGAUCGGAGUGUCUCGACGAUAG